AUGUUUGUUAACAAAGAGGAGUACAGAGAAGUUACCUUUGGCGGCCUAUGCAACAACUCCUCAAUCCACAAGACUAUAUAUCUUUGUAAUCUCUACUGUGCCAGCUUGGAAAUAUUCCCAAACCUCAUGGGUGUGCAUAUCCCUUUCGCGACUACAACGGACUACGAAGCAGCGAUUCCUCGUGCAAUUGCUCGGAAAUUAUCCUCAUAUCCAUUGUUUAAAAAUCUUAGGAAACUGUGCUUCGAAGCCAAAUUUAUUAGCUACGAAGAUCCAGCUUUUAGAAGGUGGGAUAUCACAAGGGCUCAUUUAUUUAUCGAGGAAAGGGAUUUUUUCGGCAAUGAAUUGACUGCUACAUCCAGCAAGCAGGAAGAGUCUGAUUUUUUCCCGGACUCUCUGGAAGUGGCAUCGGGGUUCUCUUUCGAGGGUUCUCUAUUCGUGAGACCCUUCAAGACUCCCUUUCUAAGGAAAUUUCAUUACCCCUGGACUUUCUAUUUCAAUUCCGCAUCAAAACUGAAAUCCCUAACCAUCCAUAUGCUGCAUGGAUUUGGCCGCCACAAACCCGCUGUCGUAUUUCCCGAAGUUCGGUUCCUUCGUACGAUCAUUAAGCAUGGCAUUGAUAGCAAGAUGAUAGAUAUCAUGUCCGAAAUGUGUCCUGCCGUUCAACAUCUCUACCUUGAAGGGCAACACUCUAAUUCAGAUACUUCCCAGCGCUCGGGAGGAGCCACUGUUUACUACCUCCCAAUACAAAAGUUCGAAUAUCUUCGAACGGCAAGGCUUCCCUGGCCUUACAACCCAGACGCUCGUCUCAAUCACAAUAGUAGAUGGGCUACAGCGGUGGUACUAUCUCAUAGUGUCAAACAUUGGACCGGAUAUUUGUCAAACUCAUUUUACAUGACGUCUCUACAACGAGUUGAUUUUGCGAAAUCUGAGAAACAGGAUAUCAAUCCAAUUCCUUAUUCCUCUGUGGGCCCAAACUCUAUAGAAGAAGGAGUGACAGAAGUAAUAAGGCUUCUGAGGAGGGAGGAUGGGAACUGGGGGCGAGAUAGUUCGUUUAACCAACAAGACCCAGAGUAUUGGGAUCCAUACUGGGAUUACAGAUGCCAUUAG